AUGGCGCUGUUCCUGCUGGGCCUGGUGCUGACCAUCGCCUCGGCCCAAGUGUUCAAUCCCAAGGAGGUUGUGCGGAAGAACUACAACAUGGCCAGGGUUUCAGGGGUCUGGUUUUCUAUUUCCAUGGCCUCAGACAAUCUGACGAGAAUUGAGGAAAACGGGGACCUGAGGGUCUUCGUUCGCAGCAUCGAACACUUGAAAAACAGCAGCCUGAAGUUCAACUUCCACUUCAUGGUACAGGGGGAAUGCGUGGAUGUGAUCAUGGUCUGUGAGAAGAGGAAGGAUGGGGAGUACUCUGUUACCUAUGAGGGAGAGAACAAGGUGCUGGUCUCGGAGACCGACUACAGGCUCUACAUCACCUUCUACAUGCAGAACAUCAGGAACAACACUCAGACCAGAGUGCUGGCGCUCUACGGGCGGAUCCCACAGCUCACUUCUCCCUUCCUGGAACGAUUUAGAAAAAUCUGCAAAAGAUAUGGAAUGAGUCCAGAAAACAUCAUCUAUCUGGCUGACCAAGAGACUGGCUCCCCAUUCAGCUCGUCUGGGAAGCAGGAUCCCAAGGGCACCUCGGCAUGCUCAGACUCCUUCUUGGGGGAUGAUUGA